ACCAAUGAAACGGCUGAUAGAAAACGUUCAACCAAUUAGCAGUCGAGACAGUAUGCUCUGCUGUGGAGUCUUCCUCGGCAACGUAUUUUUGGCGGCUGCGUAGAAAACAUGGCGGAAAUUUCGAACGAUUGCAGUGUCCCCAGCAAGAUGUCGUGGGAUGAGCUUGAAGCCUUGUGUCGCCUAGAGGGGCUUAGAUGUAAAGAGAUGGGAAUAACAAAGGCCAAUGUCAAUGAGUAUGAAGUGGAGUUCCUCUGUGACUACAAAAAGACAAAGGAAGAAGAAUUUUACCUGGUCAAAUGGCGGGGCUUUUCAGAGUCUGUCAACAGCUGGGAGCCCAAGAGGCAUCUCAAAUGCCCCAAACUGAUGAAGCAGUUCCACUUGGAUCUGGAUCAGGAGUUGCGGCGCCAGAAAAGACAUUCCAUCCCCAAAAAGCUAGAUAAGGAAAUUUCAACAUUCCUAGUUCAAAAAGCUAAACUCCGUCAGAGACUGAAGACCUGGGAGACUCUAUUGAACCUAACCUGCAACCACCCCGGCCGCAUCUUUGUCAUGAACGAUGUCGACCUUGAAGGUCCACCAAAGAACUUCACAUACAUCAACAACUACAAAGCAGGCCCUGGCAUUGUUUUUAAUGAAAUGGCUGUGGGCUGUGAGUGCAAGAACUGUUUCGAGGAGCCAGUGAACGGAUGCUGUCCUGGCGCAUCAUUGCAUCGGAUUGCUUACAAUGAACAUGGUCAAGUCCGGAUCAGACCAGGAAAACCAAUAUAUGAGUGUAAUUCCCAGUGCCUCUGUAGCUCAGACUGCCCUAACAGAGUUGUCCAAAAAGGCAUUCAGUUUGACCUAGGUAUCUUUAAGACGGACAACGGUCGGGGCUGGGGAGUUCGCACGCUGCAGCAUAUAAAGAAGAACACAUUUGUCAUGGAGUAUGUGGGAGAGAUCAUCACGACAGAUGAAGCAGAGAAACGAGGUCACAUUUACGACCGCGAAGGCUCUACGUACCUUUUUGAUCUGGACUAUGUGGAGGAUGUAUACACAGUGGAUGCUGCUCACCAAGGCAACGUCUCUCACUUUGUCAACCACAGUUGUAACCCCAACCUGCAGGUAUUCAAUGUGUUUAUUGACAACCUUGAUGAGAGGCUUCCAAGAAUUGCUUUAUUUUCAACACGAGCCAUUCGUGCAGGAGAGGAACUCACUUUUGACUACAAAAUGCAAAUUAAUCCAAUUGACACAGAAAGCUCCAAGAUGGAUUCCAGUUUCACCUUAGCGGGUGUCCCCAGUUCGCCAAAGAAGAGGAUUCGAGUGGAGUGCCGGUGUGGCUCAGACUCGUGCAGAAAAUACCUGUUUUAAUAAGAAACUGAUGUGGCUGGAAGAAAUCUGCUGUCUAUACAAAAGUUUGAACAUUGUACAUAUUCUUUUUAUUUUGUUUGUUUUCUGAAAGCUCUUAAAACAUUACUGGCAUUCAAACAUUAAUUGGGCGUAAGAUGUUUGGUUUCUGGUUCAUCAGAAAUUGUGUUUAAAAAAUAAUUUUCAAAGAUUUAAAUCACUGUUUUGUUUUAGAGUGGUCAUCCAUUAAUCUGUGCCAAAGGAAUUCUAUCCAUAGUUCAGUGUUCGUGGGUUAAUCAUCGCUGUCAGAUUUGACCCAAUGAUUUUCUAUUUUGUCGAAUUCCAUUUAAAUGAGAUGCAUCCACUCAUUUUUCUUUUCCUCUCAUUCCCUGCUGCAACCACUUUUGGUGAUUCUUCCGUGGUCUCUCAGACCCAGAAAAAUAUUUGAUUCACUAUCAUUUUGCCAAAUACAGAUUGGAUUCAUACUUGUGAUGACAGUGACCUUUUUAGUUAAUAGGUUGCAUUGUAUAUUUAAUCAUAGUAUUACAAAGUGUACAUAUGUGAUCAAUUUUGAAUAACAUUACAUUUUUACAUGUGUAUAAGUAGCUUAAUUGUGUGUGAGGGGACAGAUGUUAAAAGUGUCUUAACAUCUUUAGGGUGCCUUGUUACACAGUUAAGAAAAACAAAUAAAAUAAGACAGAGCUGGUUUUUAAAAAAUGAGGGGAGCAUCUCAAUUCCAGCAGCAGUGUCUCGAUAUCAAAGCAAGAUUGAGACUGCGCCAUGGCUUUUAUCGUUUUCAGAGAUUCCGUGCGUGUGUGUUUUACAAUUUAAUUUUCAAGCUUUUUUUUUGUUUGUUUUACAAUUUAAUUUUCAAGCUUUUUUUUUUUUUUUUUUUUUUUUUUUUUUUUUUUUUUUAAUA